CAUCAAGUUGCGCGCGGGUGCGCUAAGCGGCCGGCUUUCAACGAGCCAUCCCACCGGUGCACUCAGUGACUGUCGAGCGACAGAGAAGCGUCGCAUUCGGAGCACCCCCGAUGUGACUCCGCGACUCACCACAGCUCUGGUACCCCCCUCAAUCGUUCUUCACGCCUCGCAAGCGGCUCGAAGCCGACAGCAUUCACAUCGUCCAUCAAGCACUCGUGAAUUGAGCCACGCGAAUCGUCAGCAAACGCGACAAGGAUGUCGCACGAGAGGAAGAACUCGUGGCUGGGGGGCAGCAUCUCCGGCGAGCCAUCCAGCACCUCUUCCGGCUAUCCAUUCUGGGCGACCUUCAUCCUCACUCAUGCCGAGGCCAAAGCAGCUCGCAGGGUUUUAGCAAAGACCAAAGUGGUCUCGCCAUCUCCGCCCGCGUCUGCAGCGCAGACACCGAUCUCUCAACCAGCCACACCCGUGGCGCCAGUUCCUCCACGCAUCGCUGCAUUGUCCUAUGCCAUAGCUUCAGGAGCAAAGGAUGAGAGCAGCGGAGACUCACCGAAUCUCUGGCAGCAGGAUGCUGCGCUACCGCUCACGAGCCGAACUGCUAUCAGGGCUUUCCUUCUGGGAUACCUGGCCAACACCGCUCUCGAGUCGCUUGUGCCAGCAGUCUUGCGCAAGAAGAGUCCGGCAGAUGCUCUGCGAUCGCUGGCCUCCCGCACCUCUGCACGGGUAGGCGGUGCACUGGCGCUUUACGCACUCUUGUACCGCACUCUGGUUCAGGCGCUUUCGCUUGUCCGAGCUCGCGCUUUGGUUCUGAUUCCCAAGCCUCUCUCAGGAGACCAGCUCAUCACUCACCGAGACAAAGCCCUUGCCUCGGUCCUGCGUCUUUUGCGCUCGGCAUCGCUGGUCCCCCUCGCAGCAGCUAUCAGCUCAAUUCCAGCCCUGACUGUGCUACCGGGUGCAGCGGAAAGUGCAUUCCCUCGUCAGGACAUUGCGGUGGAUCUCAUGUCCAAAGCAAUCGUAGCAUCCUACCACGAAAGCCGGAGGUUAAAUAGCCCACUCACGCGGUGGAUCCCUGGAUGGGUCAACAGCACGCUGCUGUACGCCAUCAGCAAUGGUCAGCUGCUCCACGCUUUUGUCUUCGAUAGCGACUGUUUCCCGAAAGGCUACGGGGAUCUGAUCAUGGCACGCUCUUCGGCUUACGUGCCGCCUCGGCCGCAGCACCUGCCAGACGACAUUCCAUGGCCGAGCGGACGGACAGUGGUGGAUAACAUCGCUGCGCUCUCGACACCCAGCAAGACAGCAUCGGCAUAUCCUGCCUUCUCCUCACCUUUGCUCUCGGCCCUCACUCCGUCCAAACACCCGACCAGCCCAUACGAUGCGAUCAACCCAUUGCUGGACUAUGCGCCUGCUCACCCCAGCCAUGCCAACUUACUAUGCGCAGUUCUACACCCUCGCGACCCGAGUUGCUCAAACAACUUCGUCUCUUUCUGGAAGCGAGAAUGGGUAGCGAGCGCCAAAUUUGUCGCUGCAGUCAUGGCCGUCUUGAACCUGAUCGGCAUCAAGAAAGUGAUCAAGGAUCCAGAGACUGCCAUCUUCAAGUAUGGCAUGGCUGUCCUGCAAGGAGCCACGCUCAUCAGCGGCAGUAUUGGAAGCGCUUGGGCUUUGAUAUGUUUCUUCCAGCACUGGCUGCCACGAAAUCUGCUCCCUCAAGCGAGGUACUUCCUGAACGGCUUCCUCAGCUCCAUCUUCAUCUUCGCGGUCCCUCCGGCCAGAAGACAACAAUUGGGCAUGUAUGUGGGACGUCUCUCUGCAAAGAGCUAUUGGGCUACGCUGGUGAAGCACAAGAGAGUCAAGCCCGUCAAGAAUGGCGAGGCUCUACUAUUGGGAGCUGCGCUGGCCAUCUUGGCGACGCUAUACGAAGCCAGACCAGAAGCUUUAUCGGGCGGUAUGAAGGGCUUCUUGUCGCGCAUUGUUGGACCACGUCAGGGAGGUAGCCUCGGCCUCGAAGCUGCUCCAGAUGCCAAUGUGCUUGGCAAAGACGGCAACGGUGGGUCGAAUGGAAACGGAAAGAAAGCACGCUUUGCGCAGUGAGAGUCCGCUCCCACUUGAAUUUGAUGGGUUCGUCGAGCGUGGCUUUCUGUCUGAUCACACUUUGGUCAGUCUGGCCCUCGCUGUUCGCAACGAAAUCAAUUUCUACCAGCUUUCAUUUCCACCCCCUCUCUUUAUCGUCCUACGAGAAUGGAAAUCGAACUUCGUCGACGUAGAGAUUCAGGACGCGGAGUGUGCAAACUUCCGUCGAUGCGAACUCGAGCGCUGUCGGAGUGAUUGCUGUGUGCUGCGACUGGAGACAAACAGCGUUUCGCUCAUCGUAUGCUCACUCUCAGAUUCUAGAGACUCGAUCCUCUAUUUACGGGUGCGACUCUGGUCUGACUCUCUACAGCUAGCUCUUGACAUUUUGACCUUCAUU